UGUUCUAGCGUUAGCAGUACGCAGAGAAGUUAUACAGAGAAAAGCCUGAGUUUUUUCUCCUUACUCAGGGAUCAACCAAGUGAACUCUGCGGCAUCCAAGGACUUUUGUGAAGCGAAAAAGAAAACCCAUGCAUCCGAUUAAGUAAACGCGCCGUCAAACAGUCUUCAAUCCACCUCUUUCUCCUCCUUUUUUUGCGCGAGUAUUGGCCGUUUCCUGGUGAAGGAAAAUUCGCUUUUCCACACACACACAUACACAGUCACAGAUAUAUGUGCGCGCGCACACACACACACAGCUACAAACACAGGCACAGGUGCGAAGGUACCCGUUUCGGGCUUUUCGGAAGGGUGACUUCGCUGGGACGCUGCGCUGACUGCUGUCCACUCCCAAAGGGAGCUGCCCCUAUUCCCCUGCUCGAGCAGACGAGCAGAUCAAGCGAACGUUCUUUCUUCCCAGUACGCAGUUGGGGCCGUGUGUGUGUGUGUGUCUGCCUCAGAGUCUCGGACUAGCUCAGGCUUUUCGGUUCGGUUGAAGGUUUCAGGUGAUUACAGGAGACAGUGCUAGUGCCGUGUGACAGUGUGGCGAUAUUCGGGGGUAGAGCAUUGGACGGAUUCGUUGUCACGUUUAGAGUACGGUAACUUCUUCGUAGCAAAAAACAAAAAACCCACACAUACUCACAUACAAAACCUGAACCCACAGUCAUCAGGACCCGGUCACGACAAAGGCGUUCCUAUGCUAUACCGUGCAAGGGGAGACACGCUUCGAUGUCUCGGUAGUUUAGAUAAUGCUUAAGCUACCCAAAGGACUGAAGAAGAAAAAGAAAGGCAAAAAGUCGAAGAAAGACCAGGAACUCUUUACCGAGGAGGAGCUCGAGCAGUACCGGCGGGAGCACCAGAACCAGUCGGCGCUCAACUCGGCGGCACCAUCGGACAGUGAGGACCAGCCGAGCGGCGGCGGCGGCGGCGGCGGCGUUGGUGGUAGCGGCGGUGGCGGCGGCACCAGCAGUGGCAGCGGCGUAGCGCCGACCGACAAGCCCGACACCGACGAGGAAUGGUCGAAGUUUGCGGCGCUCACCAGUGGCAUUGACUCGGUGCUCAAGAAGACGCAGGGCGACCUCGACCGGAUCAAGAGCACCUCCUUCUUCCAGAAGGUCCCGACCCGGGUCGAGCAGGAGGCGAAGGAGCGCGAGGAGCGCGAGCGGCGCGAGCAGGAGGAGCGCGAGCGGGCGGCCGAGGAGGCGCGGGCCCGCGAGGAGCAGCGAGCGGCCGAGGAGCUCAUCAACGCGGUCGUCGAGCUCUCGGAGUCGGAGCCGAACUCGGAGGCGGAGGCGGAGCAGGACAUCUUCGACACCGGGUACAUCGAUGCGAUCGCGAGCGGCGAGCUGCCAAUCGCGUACGUACCGGAGUCGCCCGAGCUAGAGUCGUACGAGGGUGAGGCGGACCCGUUCGAUACCUCGUACGCGGAGCGCGUCAUCAAGGGGCCGGAGGUUUCCAAGCGCGGCAAGAAGCUCGUCAGCAUCGGCUCGGCCGUUGAGGUGCUGACUGGGCGCGUGGAGAGCGUAGCCGGUGGUUCCACCAAGGGUAAUCGACCGCGGCGUGGCAUUCAGAAUUUGCUGCUCGCGAGCUUCGACGAGAGCGAGCAGCAGCAGCAGGGACGGAGCGAAGGAGAGCCGAGCGUCGGUGGAGAGGGCAGGCAGUCCGAGCAGCAUUCGGUUGCAGCCGAGCCGCAGUGUUUUAGCUUGCUGGAUGACUUUACCGAUCUGCCAGCGGACGUGCCGAUCGAUUUGAGCGUUUCGCUACACCUGACACUACAGAAGCAGCAGCAGGAAGAGGUAGCAUCGGCACCGGAGGGCAACGGAGCAGCUCCGGAGCUCGAUCUAGACGAGUUUGACGAGCUCAAGAAGCGCACACCGGUCCUAGCGGGAGGUGACGACUUUGAGCUACUGAUUGGAGACGCUGGUUCAAAGGCAGCAGCGAGCUCCGACCUACCGGUCGUCGAUCUAGACGAGUUCGAGCCGGCCGCAGUAGACGACCCGUUCGAUACCGGGUUCGUGGAGCGCAUCCUACCGGCGACUGCCGUCGAGGACGACGAGUUUGACCCGCGGGCGGAAGAGCCACCGCUCCCCGAGGACGACUUUGACUUUGAUCCGCGAGCGGCCGAGCGUGAGUGCAAGCGUCCCAGCACUCCGGACCUCUUCUCGGUCGAUCAGCCGCACGGUUCGCUGCCCGUCCGGCCGGACCCGCCGGCCAAGGACCUACUGUCCGGCAGCAGCACCGACCUAGCCGGUAUCGCCCACGCGCCCCUUGAGUGUACGGCUGGGGGUAGUGGGGCAGCACCAGCCGCGACCGUCGAUCCGUUCGACACCUCGGACGUCGAGUUUAUCGUAGCGCCGGGCCGCACCGAGCUCAAGUUCCUCGAGCAGGAGCUCCUGACCGACGGGCGGCCGGCAGGGCUGAGCCACUCGCUCAGCGAUCCGGACUUUGAUCCGCGCGCGAACAGUGCGGAGGAGCAGCACACGGCCGAGGAGGAGCAUCGCACGGAGGAAGACUUCCAGUCGCUCGCGCAGCGCAAGUCCUCCCUCAGCCUGCACAUCGCGAACGGAGCUGCCCUCACUGGUGCUGGUGGUGGUGCGAAUCGCAGCAAGUCGGUCGUGUUUGCCGUGCCGACGCCCGACCUGCUCAAGCUCGACGGGGAGCAGUCGCUCGCGAAGAAGCCACUCACGCCGUACUACAACCGGGAGCCGUCGCUGCCGGACGCGGACGUCGACCCGUUCGACACCUCGUUCGUGCCGUCGGUCGCGCCCACCCAGCUCGAGCUCAGCCUGCUCGAGCGGGAGCUGAACGGAGCGUCGCUCAACCGGAGCUUGUCCGAUCCGGAGUUUGAUCCGCGCGCCAGUCCACCCGCCGCUGCAGCGGCCGCUACGUCCGGAGCUGAUCUGCUCGGCGUGAGCGAGGGCGAACUACAUCUGCAGAAGGUGCUGACGCCCGCACGCGGCAGUGCGGCAGCGGUCGAGGCCGACCCGUUCGACACGUCCAUUGCGGUGAACCUGCAGCCGGGCCGGGCGGAGCUGAAGCUGCUCGAGGACGAGCUGAUCCCGCCUGUCGCUGCGGAGUGUGCCGGUGCCGUGCCCGACAUCCUCUCGGACGGUGCGCCCGAGGCGAGCUCGGUCUUCGUGAAGGUGCUGACGCCGCAGGCCAGCAGCGGUUCGCUCGAUCUUGCCGGCGGUGCGGAGCAGGAGGAGAUCGACCCGUUCGAUACGUCGUUCGUGCCGAGCCUGGGACCGGGCCGGGCGGAAAUUAAGCUGCUCGAGAGCGAGCUGAUCGACCAGCACUAG